GUGUACCCCGAGGUUAUGAGUGAGUAUAUUCAAAGUCGAAUCGAUAGAGAAGUACAACUAGCAGUGGCUCGAGCAUUAAAAAUACAGGAGUUGGAGGAAAAGAUGAUGAUGUUGGGCAGCAGCACGAUGCGUGUAGCAGCAGCAGAAGUGGAGGAAAGCAGGGCACGUGUGGUGGUGGAGGAGGAGAGGCAGGAGGAAGAGGAGGUUAUGGAAGUUGGUGUGAUGGAGAUUAGGAGGGAACUGGAAACUAGUGAGAAAAGGGCGGCCAGCCGUGAAACUCCCCUGUACUUGCAUUCGUUCUUCCUAGGAGUUCUACUCUACUAUGUGGGACAGUACGUCCACAGUGAGGACGACGAUCCAGAGAAUCGCAGU